CCUCCGGCCCGUCCCGGCAGCCCCUGCGCCGCGCUGCUGCUGGCUGAGUCGGUAAGAUGGCGGCUGUGAGUCUGCGGCUCGGAGACUUGGUGUGAUAAAAAGAAGUGCGUGGUCCAGGCUGACAACUGCAGUUUCUCAUCCGAAACAUUGACAGUGGUGUGAAGUUGUCUAAUUUAUAUAGCAAAGGGGAAGCUGGGCCGGUAUCCUCCUUGGCCAGGAAAGAUCGUUAAUCCGCCUAAAGACCUGAAGAAGCCUCGUGGAAAGAAGUGCUUCUUUGUGAAGUUUUUUGGGACAGAAGAUCAUGCUUGGAUCAAAGUGGAACAGCUGAAGCCUUAUCACGCCCACAAAGAGGAAAUGAUCAAGAUUAACAAGGGUAAGCGCUUCCAGCAGGCUGUGGAUGCUGUGGAGGAGUUCCUUAAGAAAGCCAAAGGCAAGGACCAGGCGUCUUCCCAUAACUCCAGUGAAGAGAAGAACCGGCGUAAUUCCAGUGAGGAGAGAGGCAAGCAGUCUGCUGGCGAAGAGAAACGCAAAGCUGGUUUGUCUGAAGGGAAGUUGAAGAAGAGCACAGGGGAAGGGAAGAAGCGAGCAUCUUCUGUCUCAUCAGAGCGAGGCUCAAAAUCGCCCCUGAAAAGAGCACUAGAUCAGAGCCCCCGGAAGCGGGGACGGCCCCCCAAAGAUGAGAAGGACCUCACGAUCCCUGAGUCCACUACAGUGAAGAGAGUGAUGACUGGAACAGUGGCAGGAUUUAAGUGGCCUCCAGGUGUAAGUGAGCCUGUGAAGGAUGGUGACCCACAUUUCCAUCACUUCUUGCUCAGCCAGACAGAGAAGCCAGCUGUCUGCUAUCAGGCAAUCACUAAGAAGCUGAAGGUGUGUGAAGAGGAAACAGGAUCCACCUCCAUCCAGGCAGCAGACAGCACAGCAAUUAAUGGCAGCAUCACUCCUACUGACAAAAAGAUAGGAUUUCUGGGUCUUGGCCUGAUGGGAAGUGGCAUUGUCUCCAACUUACUAAAAAUGGGGCACACGGUCACUGUAUGGAACCGGACUGCUGAGAAGUGUGAUUUGUUCAUCCAGGAGGGGGCACGGCUGGGAAGAACCCCCGCUGAGGUGGUCUCGACCUGUGACAUCACCUUCGCCUGCGUAUCAGAUCCAAAGGCAGCAAAGGAUCUGGUACUUGGUCCAAGUGGGGUAUUGCAGGGAAUACGCCCAGGGAAGUGCUAUGUGGAUAUGUCGACAGUGGACGCAGAUACUGUCACAGAACUGGCCCAGGUGAUAGUAUCCAGGGGUGGUCGCUUCUUGGAAGCACCAGUCUCAGGAAAUCAACAGCUGUCUAAUGAUGGGAUGCUGGUGAUCUUAGCAGCUGGAGAUAAGGGUUUAUAUGAGGACUGCAGUAGCUGUUUCCAAGCAAUGGGGAAGACCUCUUUUUUUCUAGGUGAAGUAGGCAAUGCUGCCAAGAUGAUGCUGAUUGUGAACAUGGUCCAAGGUAGCUUCAUGGCUACGAUAGCAGAAGGACUGACCCUGGCUCAAGUGACUGGUCAGUCCCAGCAAACUCUUCUGGAUAUCCUCAAUCAGGGACAACUUGCCAGCAUCUUCCUGGAUCAGAAGUGCCAAAAUAUCCUACAAGGAAACUUUAAACCUGACUUCUACCUGAAAUACAUUCAGAAGGAUCUUAGAUUAGCCAUUGCACUAGGUGAUUCCGUCAACCACCCUACUCCCAUGGCAGCUGCAGCCAAUGAGGUAUACAAACGAGCAAAAGCAUUGGACCAAUCAGACAACGAUAUGUCUGCGGUGUACAGGGCCUACAUCCACUAGGCUGCACCAUUCUUACUGUUAAUACCAUGAUUAUUAAUUAAUAUUAUGAUGAUACUGGGUUUUAACUCUGGACCAGUCCAUCUCUGUCUCUCCAUUUCCUUUUAUACACAAACUUUGUUGAGAUCUGCCACAAGGGCAGCUGCUGCGGUGAGCCUUCCCCUGGUGGCACAAGGGGGAGGAGGGGGCUCGGAUUGUUGCAAUCUGAUUAGAACAUCCAUGCCAUGCACUGGCAGUCACGGAACAGAAUGGUGGCGGCUGGUUCAGAAGCUCUGAGGCAAUUCAGCCAGAAUCUGCUGCUUGGCUUUUUAUUUCUCCUUUGUACGCUUGUCCAAGAUGCUGUUUCUUACAAUUGUUUCUCUCCUUUCCCAUGGGUAAUAUAUGCAUUGGCCUCUCUGCAUCGAGGGACA